AUGUCAAAUUACUUGGAUAGUGAUCCCCUCAUCAAGAUGGCAAUGGGCUCAUCAUCAUCAUCCAAGAAGACAUGUAAAAUCUCCAUGCUGUGGAAUUGGUAUACAAUCGAUACAUGCUUCAUUGCCAGAUCCUGGAGGAAUGACACGAAAGGAAAGUUUGCUGGUUCUUGCAUUGGAUGCUUUUUGUUGGUUGUAGCUGCUCAAUGGCUUAAUAGAGUGUCAAGGCAAUUUGACAUCGAGCUAGCAAAAAGGCGCAAGUUGAAGGUGCUCGCGAAAUAUAGCAAUCUCCCUAACUCAGAUGAUACCUCAGGAUUAUCGCUCUCGGACUCAGCUCAGCAGACGCUUGAGCAGCUACUGGCUGAACCUGAUUGGAAAACCUCGUUGAAGGCUGUUGGGACCACACUCUCUCAUACUUGGUUCUUGACAAGUUUGAAGGAUGAGUUUGCUGGACUGGAAGGAAUGGCAAGCUGUUGCUCCACUAACAUAGACGUUUUCCCUACUUUGCUAGACCACAUUCUGAGGUCAUUAGUAUUUGUUCUUCAAUGGGGGCUGUCUUACAUUAUCAUGUUGCUGUUCAUGUAUUACAACGGCUAUAUCAUCAUCAGCUGUCUCAUAGGCGCUCUAAUUGGUAGACUACUUUUUAAUUUUGAACCAUUGGCGACAUGUGGUGGAGCAGGAGGUUCUAAUACUGUCGCUCAUGACAAAGAGGUUAAUGACAGAAAAUGCUGUAUGUAA